UUAUAACGAAAUUCGGCUGGGAGAGAGCUCGAUAUUCUACUGUCCCGUCUCGAAGCGGAUUACCGCGGAGUCGUCUCCCAACGACGAACACGAGGACAGGCCAAUAAGUUUCAGCGGAUCGAUCGAAAGCACGACGCAGAAGAUGCUGUUUAUUUCCAUCGCGCUACUAGCGACGAGCUCGGAGACCAGUGCGUCGCCGCAGCGGGAGUACUUGCAAACGGCCUACGAGUGGAAGUACGUAGACUAUUUAUGGGACUCGAGAGUUCAGAGGAAAGAGGCUAUCCAGAGCGGAGCUUACGAUUUUUCACGCGUCUCACCCGCGGACGUCGACAAAGCUCCUGACGGACGAGUUUUCAUAACGUUCACUGCCGGGUCAGGAAUACCGGCUACUCUCGGCGUUGUGACCAACGAAUCGUCAGCCGAGUCAGGAUCACUGGUGAUGCCAUACCCAAACUGGUCGUGGCACAAGAGCGAUAACUGCCAGAGCGGCAUAACCAGUGCCUGUGGAAUAACGAUCGAUGGCUGUAACAGGCUCUGGACCGUCGAUAGCGGGAUUGAUGCAAAAUCGACCAAUGCCAACUGUCCAGCUCAACUGUUAGCUUUCGAUCUGGAUACCGAUGAAUUGAUACAGAGAAUCGAAAUCCCGAUUGACAUCGCUCGGAACUCACGGGGAGAAUCUCUGCUGGCCAAUAUCGCGGUAACCACGGAAGGCCCCGAUUGUGAACAGACAACUAUCUACAUUUCGGAUGCGCUGGGCUACGGCCUGAUAGUCUGGAAUGCUGAGGGCUUCGUUCGUCUGCAAAGUCCGUCGUUCGAACCGCCACAACAGUCCUCCAGCCUGGUCAGCUCAAGCAGUCCAAUCGGCAUCCUCGGCAUGGAUUUGUCACCUUCAAUCUUUCCGAACGAAACUCGUUUCUUGUACUUUCGAGCGCUGAACUCCUUGGACCUUUGCGCCUUGGAUACCAGAAAACUGAACAACCACGAGUACGACGUAGAAGUUCUAGGGAUAAAGGGUGUGCUGAGCAGUCCGGCCGUAGGUCAAGCGUUUUCAUCGGAAGGUACUCUGUUCCUAGGAAUAACCAGAAAAUUCGGCAUCGCGUGCUGGAAUCGAUACAGAGAGCUCUCGAGAGACAAUAUAGAAAUAGUCGGCCGCGACGAGGAGCGGCUGGAGUAUGCUAACGCCGUUAAGGUUGUCCCGCCAUCAAUCAGCCAAGCUACCGAGGAAUUGUGGGUAUUGACGAAUCGAUUUUUGAGAUUCAAACUUGGACAAUUAAGAACCGACGACGUGAAUUUCCGUGUUCUUAAAGGGAGUGUUGGGAGACUGAUUGCCGGCACCAAAUGCGAAAUGCCUUACGGCACGAGGCUCGCUCUCAGGGAGAUGUAUUUGGAAAAAUAAAUGGGAAAAUCGGCAGCGGAAGGAAAUCUCGAUUGGAGCAGAUGUUGAGUAAGACGUUUUAGUGUUAAUUCGGACGGAAGAGAUUAGAGAGCCGAUAAGUUCCAAGGAAUUCAUCGAUUUUCGAAUCAUCGACCGGUUUGAAGUGAUGAGAUUCGCAAGAAUAUCCAACAAGGAAGUUCUCAAAUGCAGAUGGGGUGAACGUUCUCAGCUCGGAUCUUGCCAAUAUCUCUCUUGUGGUUUUAAUCUUGUUGUGACUCAUUCGAAAUGUAAACUUUGAAGAAAUAAAAUUGUAUUAUUCGAAUAA